AAGCUCACCAGUCCGGCUUCGCACUCAGGCAAGUUCUCUCCACGCAGAUGACGAGGACAGUGAUUAUCACCAGGAGCCCUACAAGGAGUCGUACAAGGACCGGCGCAGGCGGGCGCACACCCAGGCGGAGCAGAAGAGGCGAGACGCCAUCAAGAAAGGCUACGAUGACUUGCAGGCCAUUGUUCCCACCUGUGAGCAGCAGGAUUUCUCCAUAGGCUCCCAGAAGCUGAGCAAGGCCAUCGUCCUCCAGAAAACCAUUGACUACAUCCAGUUCCUGCACAAGGAAAAGAAGAAGCAAGAGGAGGAAGUUUCUACCCUCAGGAAAGACGUGAUGGCCUUGAAGAUCAUGAAAGUGAACUAUGAGCAGAUUGUGAAAGCUCAUCAGGACAACCCGAAUGAGGGGAAGGACCAGGUCUCUGACGAGGUGAAGUUCAAUGUUUUCCAAGGCAUUAUGGAUUCCCUGUUCCAGUCCUUUAACGCCUCCAUCUCGGUAACGAGUUUUCAGGAGCUCUCGGCUUGCGUCUUCAGCUGGAUUGAGGAGCACUGCAAGCCCCAGACACUGCGGGACAUUGUCAUCGGGGUCCUGCACCAACUGAAGAGUCAGCUCUACUGAGCCUUCCCACUG